UAUACAGACAGUAACAGAAAACCCCGAAGAGAGCAGGAGCCGCUGAGAGCUCUUUCAGGGUCUCACAAGAUUGUUUUUUUUUUCAAAAAUUCUCUCAAUUUGAAUAAUUUUUACAACGAGCCGUGUGACGGAUAAUAAUCUGUGCGUGAAUUUAUCCAUCCGAUCAAGAUGAGGUUUAUCAUUCUGACACUGACGGCUGCACUCUGUCUCGCAUUGGUGAGCUCGCAUCCGCUUCCGGAAGAUGGACUCCAAUCCGAGGCCCUUGAUCGGCUGGUGAUGGCCGAAGCCGACAGCGAGGCGGCCCUGAGGAGCAAACGGACAGUCGGCAUUCUGCGACAGCUCUUCCCAGAUAUCACUCAGGACGUGAACCCGGAGUCGGAGAAUCGAGUGAACGACAUCGGAGCGGAGUCUCAGAACAACGAGGUGCGAGUGCAAUUCGCGGACGAAGUGUCGAGCGACAAUUCGGCGCAAGACCUGACACCAUUGGACGAGAUUGAAACGAACGAGGAGGACGAGAACAGGAAUAAGAGAUUCCUCUUCGGUUUCGGCGGCGGCACCGGCGGAAGCGCCGGGUCGGGCAACUUCCUCUUCGAUAUUAUCAGGCAAGCGGCCGACGGGGCGGCAAGAGCGGCGGGCACGGUGUACCGCGUAGUGGCCGGUACACAGAGCCUCGGGCUCGUAAGCGCCUCGCGCGACGUGAGCCCGGCGCCCCGGCAGGCCGCUUCCGCUGCCGCCAACCCUGCCGGCGGUACUGGCACCCCGACAUCCGGCGCACCCUCGACCGCCGCCCCAGGAGCCGGCAUUCUACCACCGCUGGUGGCUGGCAGUAGCGGAAGCUCCUCCUCGCAGGGCACUACCUCUGGCAGCGCUACCCCCGGAAGGACGGACGACACGCAAGAAGCUGUACCUGGCCCCGUCACUAGGUUCUUUGUCAUCGCCAAUCGAGGAAUCUCGAAUCUCGUCCAGGAUCUCAUACUUCGCCUGGCAGCCACGAGCGAGCGCUUUGUCAACUUCAAGGCGCGACUGAUCACCUCCAUCAUCUAGGAUCUCACUCGAGGAGUGAGGAAUUAAAAGAAGAGGCCACGCCGGCUUUGGUAUCGCCACGUGGACACCAACGCCGAGCCGCCUCUGCCAGUAGGAGCACGGGUACGACGUUGGCAACCGAUCUCACAGUGUUGCCCCCUUGUCCCCGAGAUCCUCCGAACUCCUUCGUCAAUGGCCGUCGAGCGCUUCGCGAAAAGACAAGACAAUUCGUCCUAGACAGACGCAAAAUUCCCCUAAACGAUCAACAUUAACUCGAUUCCAUCCGACUUUCGUUCACUUUGUCCUCAGUUUAAUUUCCUCUGUCUUUUACUGUCCACUUUUCUCUCUCUCUCUCUCUUUUUUUUUCUCUCGCUCUACGUUCCUGUUUCUAUUACUUUUCUAUGUGUUUCUGUCAUUCUUUCUUUCCUUUAGACAAGUAGGAUAAUUAUAACGCGAUAGAGAAAUUUUUGUAAGCGGUCGCCGUUUUAAGACGAUCGAAAUUAGAUCGUAAUAGCGUGGCUCGCACCGCCAUGGUACGAUGGAAGCACAUUGGAAGAGACGGUGAAAUCGUUUUGAGUUUGUGAUACGACACGCUCUCCGUGGACAGUUUGAACAAAAUGAUUCAUGCACCGACGAUUGCGGACUGAAUUUCUUCGCGCGUUCUUUCGAGCCGCCAAAAAAGUCAUCCGUCGAAAUAUUUCAAUUUCGUGCUCAAAGUAAGAAUAAAGAAUCUGUUGGUUUUUUUAUGUAGAGAGUAUAAAGGCCUAUGAAUUGUUUCGAUCGUAAGGCGCGUGCCGGAUUGAAAAACAAAAUCAAAUGUGCCCUUCGAUUUUUGUGCGAAUAUAAGAAUAAACGAGCAAACUUGUACAUAGCCCCGAGAAUGCUAUAGUGCCAGGCAUUUGUUGUUCUAUCUAUACACAUAUAUAUAUACUACUGUUCUCUUGUACACAAUUCUCUCCUAUAGCUAUUCCUCUCUUCCUUAAAAAUCGCAGUGACAUGAAAUUUAGACAAUUCUCUAAAUAUUGUUAAUAAUAAAAUCAAAGUAUUUGUCCUUGACAUGCAAUAGAUGCAUAUUGUAUCAAACUCGUUACCGCAAUAAACAAUUAGAGCAAAGUAUUUUCCUUAUUGGAUUUUUCCGCAGCGGGAAAAUCCAACAAGUAACAUAACGCGGACGAACGUAAAGUCGUCAACAUGAAACACGACGUUUCUCUUCCUUAGAGCGUAUUAUUUCUCUAUGUAAAACAUCGCUGUUGUUUUGUAGUGCGAAUAAAUCUCGUAAUAAGUAAA